UCCCCCUCAAGUGAUCCUCGAAGUCUCUUGAAGAUCGUUCCAACUUUUCAAAGUUUCCAAGCUCUCUCCUCUUGUCCUUCUUUCCGAGUCUCCUCCUCCUCCCUUUCCUCUCUUCCGCUCCUCUUCUUCUCAUUAAACUUCUGUGCGAGUUGACAGCGAUGGCGCCGGAGAUCGUCAGGAGGGCGGCGGCGGCGGUCGCUGCAUAUGGAAAGCGGCCGGCGGCGGCGGUGUCGAGAAGGGCGUACGUGACGUUCCUCGCCGGCGACGGGGACUACUGGAAGGGCGUUGUCGGGCUGGCGAAGGGACUGAGGAAGGUAAAAUCCGCGUAUCCGCUGGUAGUAGCCAUGCUGCCGGACGUUCCGGAGGGCCACCGCCGGAUCCUCCGCUCCCAGGGCUGCCUCGUCCGCGAGAUCGAGCCCGUCCACCCCCCGGAAAACCAGACCCAGUUCGCCAUGGCCUACUACGUGAUAAACUACUCCAAGCUCCGUAUCUGGGAGUUUGUGGAGUACCAGAAGAUGAUAUACCUGGACGCGGAUAUCCAGGUAUACGAUAACAUCGACCACCUCUUCGAUCUCCCGGGUGGGCAUUUCUAUGCGGUCAUGGAUUGUUUCUGCGAGAAAACUUGGAGUCACACGCCGCAAUACCAGAUCGGAUACUGCCAGCAGUGCCCGGAUAAGGUAUCUUGGCCGGAGGACAAGCUUGGAGCGCCGCCGGCGCUCUACUUCAACGCCGGCAUGUUCGUCCAUGAGCCCAGCCUCGCCACCGCCGAGUCUCUCCUUAAGACCCUCAAGUCCAUUACCCCCACACCCUUCGCCGAGCAGGACUUUUUGAACAUGUUCUUCAAGGAUAUUUACAAGCCGAUCGCCGGGGUUUACAAUUUGGUCCUCGCGAUGCUGUGGAGGCACCCGGAGAACGUGCAGCUGGACAAGGUCAAGGUGGUCCACUACUGCGCUGCGGGGUCAAAGCCGUGGAGGUACACGGGGAAGGAGGCGAAUAUGGACCGGGAGGACAUCAAGAUGCUGGUGGAGAAGUGGUGGGAUAUAUACAACGACGAGUCGUUGGACUACAAGGGGCCGGCGGUGGUGGUGGACGGAGUUCCGGCGACAGCGGGGGCGGCGGCGGACGGGUUGAAGCAGCCGUUCCUGGCGGUGCUGUCGGAGGCCGGGGUUGUGCAUUACGUCGCUGCGCCCUCGGCGGCGUGAUGUGGGCAAGGCUGGAAGUGGGUAUAGCUACGGGGAAGCCGAAAUGGCACUCUCGCGCUCCCCUUUUUUUUAUUUCAAGAUUUAUUUUGAGUCUAUUUUGGAAUGAUAUCGUGUGUUUGAGGUCUGGAGUUUGUGAACCUGUGGAGUUGAUAAAUAAGAAUUGUGUUUGUAUAUAAUAGAAUAUGACCAAAAGAGAACAGAAAAAAAAGGAAAGAAAGGGUUUAUACUGUAAGAUGUCUUUAAAUCGCGUAAUGGCAGGACUUCGUUAACUAUUUGGAGUUCA